AUGGUGAAAAGUAUUAUAAAGACUUUGAUCAUGAACAAGCACACAAUGAAGAAGCUGACAAUGAUUACAAGUAUAAGAAGUUCAACCAAGGGAGAUGAUGAAGAACUAAAAUAUGUUUCACUAGCAUGCACUCGUAAUGGAAAGCCAAGACAAAAUAGUAACAAUGCUUUGAAGUUGUAUAUAACAGUAAACACAGAUUGUAAAGCUAAAAUUAGAGCAAAAAUAUGUAGUGGUAAAACCGUGCAGGUAGUUUCUUUUGUGCUUGACCACAAUCACGAACUAAGUACACCUGGAAAUGUUCAGUAUCACAAGGUGAAUAGAAUUAUCCAACCAUAUGUGGAAAGAAAAUUGGAAAUAAAUGAUAGAGUUGGUAUAAGGCCAAAUAAGAAUCUUAACUCUUUUGUAGUUGAAAUGGGAGGUCAUGAUAAGGCUCCUUUUUUAGAGAAACAUUGUAGAAAUUUAAUUGCAAAAGUAAGACGUCUACGACUUGGAGGGGGAGAUGUUGUUGCACUUCAAAAAUAUUUCAUGAAAAUGCGAAGUGAUAAUGCAAACUUCUUUUACAUGAUGGAUUUAAAUGAGAAGAGUCGAAUAAAAAAUAUAGUUUGGGUAGAUGCAAGAAGUAAGGCUGCAUAUGGGGAAUUUUGUAAUGUUGUGAGUUUUGACACUACUUACCUAAUUAAUAAAUAUGACAUGCCAUUUUUUGCAUUUUUAUGA